AUGAGAUUUUGCCCACUCCGGAGACUUCUUCAGCUCCAGUACCACACCAAUCACCUGUUUAGGAUGUUAUUUAGGAAGAACCGUGGCAAACCUCCAGUACACUACGAAGCAAAUCUUAAUGCCAAAGGAAAAUAUCUCAUCAACAAUUAUGUAUCCAUUAUCAUAUUAUCAAAGUCACGGUUAUACUUUGUGAAACAAUUGGCCGACAUACCUGUUUCCAACAGUGCAACUAAAGCACUGGAAGACCCAAAAUGGAAAGAAGCCUUGAAUGAAGAAAUGCGAGCUCUCCAGAAGAAUGGCACAUGGGAACUCGUGCCAUUACUUUAUGGAAAAAAGACAGUGAGAUGUAGGUGGAUUUAUACUGUGAAACUCAAAGCAAAUGGAUCCAUUAAAAUAUAUAAAGUUAGAUUGGUGGCGAAGGGGUACACACAAAGAUAUGAGAUAGACUACCAAUAUACCUUUGCCUCAGUAGCCAAGAUUAAAACUAUCAGAGUUCUUCUGUCUCUAGCAACAAAUCUCGAUUAG